AUGGUCGAAGAUCCUCAAUGGAGGGAUAGUCGCUUCGUGUGUGAAGAUCCGCACUUCCGCUACUAUUGCGGUGUGCCUUUGCGAACCGAAAACGACAUCAAUAUCGGUGCCUUAUUCCUCCUCGACGAUAGACCUCGAGAGUCCACGAACAUUGCUCGCUUGAAAGCUCAGCAGACGGCGGAAGCAAGACGUGCAAGCUCCAGUCACACGAGCACAGAGCCUCCCAGUCGUGAUGACCAAACCCGAGGGCGAACGAGCCAUCGAAGCAGUAGCUCUGAGGAGGCUGCCAAGACAAAACAAAAAAAGAGCGCAACGGAGGCCGACCACCAACGUGUUUUCGAUCGAGCUGCGUACCUGCUUCGCCAGGCCUCGGAUUUGAAACAGCCGGGAGGCGGUGGAGUCGUGCUCUUUGAUACCAACGCCCAGGCAAGCAGCAUAGAUCCCUUACUGAAACGACAAGAGUCAGACUACGCCAGAACUGGUCAAAGUAGUCGCAGCUCAGACUCCCAUGGCCCUGCAUAUCCGAAGCCGAACUCGAAUGAAACAGCCUAUAGCGGUGCCAUGAGGGAAAGGGUGGUACUAGCGGCGGCUUCCAUCCAACCCGCAGACAAUAAGGCUGCACCAAAGAACAUCGGAAGAGCCGACCCAACUUUCAAAGUCACUCUCGCUCCUCCAGAGCUGGCAAGAAUGUCCAAGAAGCAUCCAAGGGGCAAGCUUUUCAACAUUCCCGACAAUUGCGGGACGUCACUGUUCGACUGGGAAGGCCGCCCUAUCGCUGGACGUUUGUCGGCAAAGAUGUACGACCUUGUGCUGCUUCAUCGACAGUUUCCAGAGGCGAAGCAAGUCAUCUUCGUGCCCAUGUUCCAUGUCAACCUGAACCGAUGGACCUCAUGCUUCGUCUACUCGAACUCCCGCUUUCGUGCGCUCUCGUACGAAAUGGAUUACUUGCCAAUUUUGGCUUUCUGCACAGCUAUCAAGGCUGAAAUUGUGCGCCUGGCUACCGUCUUUGCCGACAAGCAGAAGAGCGACUUCAUCGGCUCUGUCUCGCAUGAACUUCGAAGCCCGCUACAUGGCAUACUUGCCUCGAUUGAAUUCCUACAGGACACAGAAUGCGACGCUUUCCAAAGAUCAUGCGUCGAUACAAUGGAUGCCUGCGCUCAAACUCUCCUGGACACUAGUAAUGAGUCUCGAGAGCGCGACAGCAAACAGACCAAUUUGCCGGCAACCACGAACAUCCGCAGUGAACCUAUCUUUGCUACUGACCAAGACUGCGAUGUUGCGCUGAUCACGGAAGAAGUCAUUGACGGCCUGGCCAUCGCCCAUAUGGCGAAGUACAAAACAAAUGCAGCCUUUAAUGACGCAUCUCGAGAAAUCAAUCCUACGCUGGCCGAUGCUGGCGUGCGGCCUAAACUGAAGCGAGUUCUCAAUGCCAUUCGUCCGGGGGUGGAACUGAUACUUGACAUCAAUGGUCCACCAGACUGGGGAUUCCAAACUCAGCCCGGAGCAAUUCGUCGAAUUGUAAUGAAUCUCUUCGGAAAUUCCCUGAAGUAUACCAGGCACGGACACAUCACUGUCUCUCUUCGCGUGAUCGGAAAUCAAUUUUGUGACGGCGAUCAGGCCGUCAAGUUCCCGCAGGAACAGCGGAGCAUGGUCAAGCUUACCGUCACAGAUACUGGCCAGGGAAUGUCGCCAGAGUACUUGCGUACGAAGAUCUUUACGCCAUUCGCGCAAGAAGACUCCAAGUCUGCUGGAACCGGCCUUGGUCUCAGCAUAGUGCGGUCGCUCGUCACCAUGCUAAAGGGGGAAAUUGACAUCAAGUCUAUCGUGAACGUUGGGACGAUGGUGGUCGUUACCUUGCCAAUGAAAAGAGCUGCUACCGCUACGUCGAAACCUCGCACUUCCAGCCCUGAUCGCCUAUCGGAAUCAUCAAGCCAAGCCAUGCGCACCAGAGACUCGAGCGUUUCCGCAUUGCUGAGUCUCGAUAGCCCUCCACAGGUGGCCAUAUACGAGCCUGCUUUGGAAUUUGAUAGUUUUGGCCAAUCACAAGGAGCGGUGUCGGUGCACAAUGCCCUCAUGCAGUACCUAACCCAGUGGUAUCACUUUCCCGCUCUGAAGACGUGGGACUUCGACAUGCCCGCAAAGAUUCUUGUCGUCGACGAGAUCCACUUGCCAACGCUGUUGGCACGACGUCCGGACUAUUUGGAAACGGUUUCUCUGCAAAGUAUUAUUGUGUUGUGCGCCAGCCCAUCUCGACAGGCCAUCUUGGCCCAGGAUAUUCAAAGCAGUCAAGUGGAGCCUAUUUGCAAGCCGUUCGGGCCUUUCAAGCUCGCACGCGCAAUAUGCAGAGCACUGGAGAGAGCAGCAAAGGCGCCUACCAUGGGCCAAUACUCUGAAGUCCCGAACACGCCAAGCUCAGGAUCCUCUCGCGCUUUAGCCUCGAGAUCGCGCGGACGCAUCUCCAUUGACUACGACGACGUAUCUCCAAUCGACCGCCGAGCACGUUCGCCUCCACUUAGCCCACCAGAACAGCAACGUCCUUCUCUUCAGAAGCACAAUCCAGCGUUGCUGAGUCCCGCCCUCAAACCUCCGAAGGAAGUCAGUCCUGGUCCAGACCGCGGCUAUCCCUUCCCCGUUACGCACGACAACGCAACACCGCCGACGAAGACGAGCACCAUGCCACCUCUCCCUAGUUCUCAGGCCAAAGAAGCCAGAAACAACAGACCCCCUUACCGUGACGACAAGCGAAAUGCCGCCCAUCCUGAACAUGAGCAGGCUACAUCUUCGGCGUCUCAAAAGACACUUGAGCUCAUGCAACAAGCAGCGAACGCGCCGGCCGUAGGCGGCAAUGCUCGAGCUUCCGAAACCGUCAGCUCGACCACAGGUUCCACUUCACCUUGGAACGUUCCUUCGUUUCCGAAAGGACGCAAACCAGUUGUCCUAAUCGUCGAUGACAACCAGCUCAACUUGGAUCUGCUGCAAACUUACGUCACGCGGAAAGGCUACGGUGCAGAAAUAAUCAAGACGGCGGCAGACGGCCAGGAAGCUGUUGAUGCGUUCAACCGCUACGAUCCCGACAUUGUCUUCAUGGACCUAUCGAUGCCUGUCAUGAAUGGACACGAAGCCACGCGGACGAUUCGGCAGAUAGAGUCAAACAGACGGGCCAGCAACGAACAAGUGCCCACGUUGAAUUCACUGCAGGAGCAGUCUGACUCGUUCAGCCCUGCCACACCGAUGACGCCGGGAUCAGACGGCUGCGUGAAGAGCAAGAAGCCUGCCUUGGUAGUUGCUCUUACAGGCAACGCGAAGGGGUCUGACCAGAUCGAGGCCUUCGACUCGGGCGUCGACAUCUACAUGACGAAGCCGGUGAGCUUCAAGCAGGUGGGCAAGUUGCUGGAGAAUUGGAGGGAGGAGCAGGCCGAGGAGUGA